AUGGCGGGUGACAGUGGAGAAUGCCAUCAUUAUUGGUUACUGGACCGUAUCUCUGUGACUGGUACAGCUAGUAACACAAAUAUUCUUAUAAAUGGUGGGUUUGAAAUGGGCAAUUUUACGGGUUGGACACAAUAUUGUGCUACUGAUGCUAAUUGUGGUGGAACUGGCACUAAUUAUGGUCAAUUAACGACAAGUUCUUGUAAAUCUGGAACGUAUUGCUAUGUAGAUAAAUGUGACAAUGGUGGUCAUUUUGAUUAUUUGGUCCAAUCCUUUCCCACUGUGAUUGGAAAUUAUUAUUCUGUUGCUUUUUAUCUCAAGAUCUAUUCUAGCGGAGGAUCCGAUCUCGCAUAUGUCAUGGUAUCCUAA